AUGGCCGGUAUCACGAGAAAAUUCCAUGUUCUGUUUAUUGGAGCGGGCAACAUCACCUUCGGAAACGACAAUGUCCUUUGGAAUCAUUCCCUUCAGAUCGAGACAUACUUGGGUGCACGAUUAGAGGUCAUUGGGAUCGUUGAUCCUUCAGUGGAACGCGUCAAGCAAGUACUCCAUCAGAAAUGCGCGUCGGCGACAGCGACCUGCUAUUCGAAAACAAAGCACUUUCUCACCCUCCACGAAGUUCAGGAGCAGUUAAAGCGCACGGGGGUUCACCCAGAUCUCAUUGUGUUAGCUACUCCCCCUCAUUAUCGAGGAACCACGCAACCCGGCCGCGACCUUGAAGUUCAAGUCAUUUCCGCUUUUGGCCCUGCACCUGGUCUGUUCUGUGAAAAGCCCAUCUCAACAGCCCAGACCACUGAGGUCUGGCCGGUUGCCAAAUUGCUGCAGCAAUCAGGUAACAAAAUCGCGGUAGGAUAUAUGCUUCGAUAUCUACAAGUGGUACAGAAAGCAAUCUCUAUCAUACGAGACAAUAACAUCAAGGCCAUGGCUGUGAACGCUCGAUACAGCAUGGCAUACUCGAAAGUGAGAAAAGUGGACUGGUGGAAUAAGGCAAAGCAGUGCGGACCGAUCGUCGAACAAGCGACUCAUUUCUGUGAUCUCUGUCGAUACCUUGGUGGUGAGAUUGACCUUGACACAGUCAGGGCUUGCGCUUUGGAGCAUUAUGAAUCUGCUGGUAAAUUGUUGAACAUGUCUGUGGAUGAGUCGCAAGUGCCUGUUGAGGAGCGCAUCCCUCGAGUAACAGCGGCAUUCUGGUAG